AUGCGAAUUCGUGUCAAAUUCAACGCCGAAUACGAUGCUGUACCUGACAUCGGACAGGCAUACGGCCACAACCUCAUCGCGGCUGGCAGCGUCGCCGCAUUUAUGGCCUUGACCUUCGCCAUCCAACAGCAGGGAAUCAAUGCGCUCAAUGCCGCCGUGACUGCACGCAACAAGAUCUCCAUGCUGCGACAGCAGGUGUUCCCCGAUGAAAGAGUACAUUGGGCUAUCCUAUCAGCAUCUAGUAUCACCAACGCCAUUCCUGAAUUCACAAUCCGCAGUCGUAAAAAGGGGAGACCAUGGCUGCUUGCCACUCGAGUGAAACAGCGCUUGGAAGCGGGAGCCCUAGCCACGGGGUGCAAUAUUGAACUCCAGGAGGAUCCAAUUUAUGGGGACCUUGUAGUGAACCCACCACUUUGUAGAGCUUUAACACAGCCAGCUCUGCAUGCCGCUAUCGGUAUUUCGGUCAGCAACGGCGCUAAGAACCAUACGCGACAAUUUGCUGCUGCUGUACUGUUUCUGUAA